AUGAGUGUCAACAAAAACCGUUCAACUUUAGUCAAUUUGAAUCAGUUAGUGCUGAAUAUUCCUAUACGAAGGAAAUUAACUGAACAGGAUAAUCGAGAUAAAUUUGAAUGGGAUCAGUGGCAAAGUACGACAAAGGCUAUCAACAAUGUCGAAGUACCGGCUAAAGAGAAGCACAUUCGGAAUCUUAUUAUUGGGACGUUCCGACUCGAUGGUUCACGAUUAUUUUGGUCAAUGGUCAUCCGACUUCAAAUUGAUUCCCAUCCGAUUACUUGUUGGAAAUUCUGUUAUGUUAUCCAUCGUCUGUUAAAAGAUGGACAUAGGCAUGUUAUUCACGAUUGUAUUAUACUAACACCGUAUUUCGAUCAACUAUGCAAAUACUGGAGUGGUGUUCAACACGGUUAUGGUCUGCUAUCCUAUCGUUAUUGUCAUUUAUUAGUGUCAAAACUGAAAUUUCACGUGCGUAAUCCAAAAUUUACAGGAAAUUUAACCAUCGAUGAAAAUAACGACGUUCGCCGUUUGCUUAAUGAUAAUUACAGCUUAUAUUCUCAACUGUGUCUCGAGUUACUUGAGUAUAUGGAAGAGAUAUUAAAUCUUGUUCAAGUCAUAUUUUCAUCACUUGAUCAAUCACGUACAAAUUCAAUGACCGCUACAGGACAAUGUCGUCUAAAUCCGUUAAUUGCUUGCGUACAAGAUUCGAGUCUUCUCUACGAUUACAUUGUUAAGGUGCUGUUCAAACUUCACGAAGGUUUGGCUGGAGAUACAUUACAAAGCCAUCGAGUGAAAUUAUCAGAUCAUUUCCGAAGAUUAAAGCGGUUUUAUAGUCAAACAUCAACUUUACAGUAUUUUCGAAAUCUUAUCAAAGUUCCUAUUUUACCUGAAAAUCCACCGAAUUUCAAUAUAAAAGAUGACAUGAAAAACUAUACAAGUCCAGUACCGAUUGUAACUACAUCAACAACAGACGACAUUUUGAUUGACACAUCCGAUGAUAACAAGGUUGCUCUGAAAUCGACUGUCAGUGAAGAUUCCAUGUUCAAUCGUUCCAAGGAAAUAUCGGAUUUGGAACAACGAGUCAUGCAGUACGAUGCAAUGCUGAAACAAAAUCGUUCAGAAACUGAUGACUUGCAUCGAACGAUUGCUGCCAAAGAUGCGGAAUUACUCGCUGAAAAAAAUCAUCGUUCACAGCUUGAAGAACAACUUCGUCAACAAUUGGAUAAUAGACAGCGUAUCGAUGAAAUACAAGCUAUGGACAAGAAUUCCAAUGAAAAGUUCAACAAACUACUGGAAACAUACAAUAAAUUACGUGAGGAACAUGUGGUUGUCCUACGACGUGAAGGAGAAAAUAAAAAGCAAUUAACAGAUCUGAAUCAACAACAUGAGCAAUUAAAAGACGAAUAUAAAAAAAAAGAAGAAGAAUUCAACCAGAAUUACGAGAAAUUGAACAAUGAAAUAGUACAAUUACGGCAAACAAACAAUGAAUUACAAGAUCGAAUUCAAAUCUUGACAACCGAACGUAACGAUUAUCAGUCGAUGACAAUAAGUGCGAAGGAACGUCUGCAACAGAUUGAAAAUGCUAAACAAAAUGUAGAAGAACGUUUCAAACAACUAGAAAGUGAUAAAACACGCCUUAAUCAGGAUAAGUCAACAUUCGAACAAAAAUUAAAUCAAACGGAAGGAGCACGACAAGAUUUAUUUUACAAAAAUCGAGAACACGAAGAAAAUCUUAUUGAUCUAAUUCACGAUAAAGAAAUUCUCGAACUGAAAAUCAUCGAUCUCGAAGAGACGAUACGAGAAUGGGCACAAAGAUAUUUGGAUACAACCGAUAAACAAAAGCUUAUCCAAGCUAAUCACGAAAAACUCGUUAAUAAUCUCAAACGGCAGUAUAAGCAUACGAUAUUAACAUAUUGUAUCAAUCAAAUGCAUGACGGAAUCGAACGGACGAAGAAUCUGGAAUUAUUCAAUGGAAAACAUUCGUCAGAUUAUCUUCAAACGAAAAUACAAUUAGCGAAUGGAAGUGUAAAGAAAAUGCUUGAUCUUUGGAAGAAACAAAAUGAUUCCGAUGAAACUAUGACGUUAUCAUUCUUGAACGAAUGCAUUGCCUUAUCGAAUUCGAUGGUUGAAAUAGUUCUGCAUGGAAAAGUUAUUGCGAAUAGUACUUCAGAUUUACAUUUUGGCAAUGCUUGUCGGGAUGUUACUUUGAGUUGCAUUGAUCUUUAUAACACUUAUCAAACACCUUCAGCAGGAAAUGAGAUCGAAAAGCAAAGCAAGGAAUUAAUUGAACGUUUGAAUUCAUUGAUUGAGAAAAGAAAAAAAGGUGCAUCGACAUAA